CGUUAAGCCUUCUGGACGCGUCGUCGACGUGAACAUCUCACACCCGCCCCCGCCCCCCCAUGAUGCUUGGAUCCAUGCCAGAAGUUCCUCCUACCUUCAGCCUACUUUCCUCUCGUCAUAUCUGCUCCUCUUAUUCCAAGUGAUAUGAGGCCAAGCCAGUCAAACCAACAAGCCUCCUCCCACAUCACCACGAGCGGGUCGCAGGCAUGCCUCUCCCUCAGAGAUCAUAUUCCGAGCAGGCCAGCUACUCUAAGGGUCGCUCACAAUGGCAACGUUCCAAAAGUCAUGCGAACAGCGUUCACCCGACUCCCCCAGCACGGCCCUUAGCACCUAUAUCUGAGAAGACGAAGAACAAGUUGAACCAGUUCCAAUUCCAGCCGCCCAAGGCGUCAGACUCCACGGCAGAGACGCAUAAGUGCCUGAAAACCGGUGGUGAAGAAAACAAUAUCAAUGCCGAUCCAGAAAACCAGAUUUCUGGGGACACAGCAGCCAAGAAGCAAGCCCCUGAACCCAAUCUUAAGUACGAGGGCGCCACAACCCCAGCAGGGCGACUGAGCCUCAGAGAUCUCUUGGCCAGCGAUGCGAACCAGAAUCCCGGACAUGACGAUAAUGGACAUGUCUCGCCCGGCGAACACAUCAUGUGGAAUAACAAGCAAGACCACAAGUACCUGGCUCCCUUGUCUCCCAUGAUUUCCAGGAACGGUCGGAAACGAGCCCGGAGCUCAUCACCAUUAUCAUCGCCGCUCAACGAUACUCGAAAGACUCUGGUGCCGGCGGUCGAUUUGAAGAAGCUUAGUGAAGCUCUGAGAUCACCUCAUGCCGACCCGACCCUGGAACUCUGGGACCGCUUCUCUCUGGGCAAUAACACCACUGACGCCACUACCCCCCUCGGCGCUUCGAAUCCUACCUUGGCUCAGCUCAUGGUGUCCUCUUCGCCCAGAUCCGGUAAAAGUAAUUCGCGCACAACUCGUACCGAGGGCGGCCUGCGGAGGGCGAUCAGUGCCGGCCUUAACUGGCCAAAACGACGUCGAAUUGACCGCCCAGAUCCUCCUGGGGGUUUGAGAAAACCAACUCGAGAGCUCUCAGAUACUUCCAAGUCUUCCUUGGUUACUGCUCUGCUUGAUACAGUCGAAAGUAAACAGGAUGAAGGCCUCCCAUCCAUGGAGAUUGAAGGAGACAGGUCAACAGGAUCACCAUCGCCGAAGAAGAGCAAGAAGAUUGUUACUGGACCUGCCAAGUCCUUUCCCACGGCUCCCAGUCAGCCCCUCUCGCAGACGUCUUCUUUUUCCCGAACCGUCCUCCACCCUAGUCAAGCAUUCGAUCAGGAUCGCGUCCUGCCUGAAACUACCAGCAACCCAGAUGGAUCGGACUACGGAGAUGACGACUUUCUGGAUAGCGAUACCUUACUGCAUCUUGAAAACAAUAUCAACACCCUUCCAAAUUCGUCAACCCAUCAACCUACCCAGACCUUGUCGGAAAAGACCGCGGCUCAUGAUAGGCCGGUGGCCAAGGCGCCGGUCGACGACGAUGAGUUCGAUGCUGAUUUCGACGAUGCGUUCGACGAUGAUUUAGACGAGAAUAUCUUUGAGGCAGCUGGCCGCAUCGUGGCGGACGCCGAGAACAAGCUUGCUGGUCCACCCUCCACGCCCAGGCAACAGGGGGGGCAGCAGCAGCACCAUCUUCCACAAAAGACACCGGUCAACGAUAAUGCGUCGGACGAUGACUUUGGUGACGACUUUGGCGAAAACUUCGACUUUGAUGCGGUAGAGCGUGCGGCGACACAGUCGAUCAAGCAACAUGACCCUUCAUUCCCAGCUGUACGUCCGAGGCCGUAACCGGUAUAUCAUAUAACGACGAAUGCUAAGACCCAAGGUAGACAAACCAGAAACCCAGAGCCAUCCAACGAUAUUUGGUGACAGACGUGCUAGAGAACGAGUUCAUCGAUGGCCGAGACCGUUCAAGGCCAGAAAAGGU